AUGCCACUCCUCCCCGUCUUGAAGAUACCCCAGAUGCGUGUGCCGCUGGUUCCAGCGGAUAGCGACCAAAAGGAUUCAGACUGGAAGGAAGCAUAUGAAAAGGUCAAGCGGAGAGAUGACAUAAUGGUCAAGGAAUACGACACUGAAAUCGAUACUCUGCUUGUUUUUGCUGGCCUCUUUUCGGCAGUUCUCACGGCGUUUAUCGUUGACGUGUACAAAACUCUCAACAUCGACUACACCCAAGAUUCGGCCAUCGUCCUACGAUCAAUCCUUGCACAUAUGGAGGGCAAGCCUGGAGAAAUUGCUCUGCCUCCAACCGCAAGUACCUCCCCUGUUGUCCUCGCCGUCAUCAUACUAUGGUUCGUCAGCUUGAUUCUCAGCCUUGGAUCCGCUCUCUUCGGCAUAUUCAUCAAGCAAUGGUUGCACACAUACCAAAAAUGGACUGAAGUUGCUCAGAACAACUUUCAGCAAGGUCUCAUGCUCCGUGGGUUCUAUCAGACAAGCUUUAAAGCUUGGAAGGUUUCCGUCAUUUUCUCGACACUGGGGGUCCUUCUCCAACUUGCGCUCGUCCUAUUUGUUGUCGGACUUGUCACAUAUUUAUGGACACUCAACUUCAAGAUUGCAUCGGGCCUCACGAGUGCUUUCGCUUUUGUUAUGCUUGCUCUCUCCGCUCUCGUGAUCGUUCUCCCGAUCUUCUACGAGGACUGUCCCUACAAAUCCCCUCUCAUUUAUGGUGUCCUCCAACUUAUUGGCAGAUCAGCAGCUAGAGACUGGACUGACAGAGACAUUCCCAUUGCCAAGCGCCGACUCCACUGGCAAAUGGACGAAUCUCAAUCUCCUUUGACUCUUGCAUUCAGCCAAGCAGCUUUGCUAUUAGAUAUUGCCUCCGAGGACUUGGAAGCAGUCGAGUCCAACAUCAAGCUCAAGUCCAUCGUCCAAGAGCGUCUCCGUGAGUUGUCCGAAAACACCGUGGAUUUGCUGGUGCAGAUUGUCACAUCCGAAGCUCUAGUGGGGGAUGCUAAUCAGCUUGCGGAGAGUGAUCAAACCCGCCUUCUCAACCUUUGGAAGCUCAUCUUCGAGACAUUGCCUCCUGUUCCCAGAGUCUUACGUGCACUACACUAUCUGAAGCAAUGCAUCACCAUUCACGUGUUCCACGAUUCAACGACCAUCAAGUGCUUAAAGCUUCUUGUCGAGCUCAUGCUCCCUCGAUCAGUGGAUUUGGCUAGCACUGCCGUUCUUCCUGAGAACGACAUUGCGCUCGAAAUUACUCGGGUUGCACUCGCCAUUCAUAAAUGGGUCAACGACAAGCCUCGUCCCGGCGUUAACACUGUUGAUGUGUCAUUCACGGUCUUGUAUCGAGCUGCCACCUGCAUACCAAUGGAUGGACUCGGACCAACAACUCGACUGUCACCCAUUACCCCGUAUCUCGACUUCAUGCAGGCCUUUGAACAGACUUUGGUUUCUGCCAGCAACACUCACUCCUCAAAGCCCUUUUAUACUGCUACUCAACUGUCCAAGAAACUUCGAAGUUAUCAUAAUGCAUUUCUAUGUGCCCGAACUCGGAUUUACCGUACAACACCUCCAUCAAAGGCGCUCAGAGUACAGAUUCCGUCCAGCGGUACACACAUCUUUGUUGGCGCAGUCGGCUCAGAAGCAUGGGUCAUCAAUAUGAGCACAGACACUUUUUCCGCCAUUACUACGCCUGGGCUGCCAAGCGGAAUGUCUUUCUCUGUUUGUUCACCAGACGGAAAACGAGUGUUUUGGGCAUCAAACGAAGGUUGCGUUUACUCGUUGCAGGUAGAUUCCAGCGAUUUGAUCCAGUUUGAAAGAGUUGGUGGCAAGGAGACAUGGAUCCUGGCGAUAUCGCAUGACCUGCGCUACGUGGUAACGAGCAAUGUUAAUUCUUUGGCAGUUCAUGAUGCAGAAACGGGGCGGACUAUUUGGACUCAGGACUCGGGGGAAAACGCUGAUCGCAUUUACCGCGCAGCAUUCACUGGCAUAUCAACCUCUCCGAAAAAAGAAAAUACUGUCGAGCAGCCAAAGCUCGCCACAGGUUUCCCGGACGGGACAGUUCGAAUUUGGGACGUUGAAACGGGCUCUUGUGAGGCAACGUACUCAAACAAUGGUGAGCCAGUUCAUGCUUUGGCGUGGUCCACUGGCGCCACGAUGCUGGCAAUGAGUGGUGAUUACCAAGCUCUUGUCUAUGACACAGUAACGCAUCAGGUCAAGUGUUCGUUCUUCGUGGGUCAUACCGCUGUCAUCACAAACGCCGCUUUCUCCCCAAACGACCAGCUGCUUGCUUCAGCUUCACAUGACCACACUGUCCGUGUCUGGAACAUCGAAACGCAGACUUGUGUUGCAAUCUUGACUGACCUGAAUGGCGAGGUCCACGAUGUCAAGUUUUCGCCAGACGGGCGAUUCAUUGUGGGAGCAGCAGACGAUGGCAUAAUUAUUUGGGAGAUUAACGCAGAUUCCACUCCCGGAUUCGCGCAUUUCGCUGUCGCAUGGUCCCCUUUCCACACAACGAGACUUGCUCUCGCCUCAUCCGCCAACUUUGGCCUAGUCGGCAAUGGUCGGCUCCAUCUCGUCUCAGUUUUACCGGGUCCAAAUGGGACUCUAGCCCUCAACCUGGACAAGCAUUUCGAGACACAAGACGGAUUAUACGAUGUCGCGUGGUCUGAGAUACACGAGAAUCAAUUGGUGACUGCCUCGGGAGACGGUUCGAUACGAUUGUGGGAUGCGAUGCUAAAUAAUCUUCCUAUUCGCGCUUGGCAAGAGCACACUCGCGAGGUCUUCUCUGUGGAUUGGUCGAAUAUAAAAAAGGACAUGUUUGUGUCCUCGUCUUGGGACGGCAACGUCAAACUCUGGACACCAGAAAGACCGCGAUCUGUCCUCACUUUACACGCCCACCAGUCUUGUGUUUACCAAGCCAUGUUCUCGCCUCACCAACCAGAUUUGGUCGUUUCCUGUUCAACAGACGGAACUCUCAGGAUGUUUGACCUCCGAACACCGUCUUAUGUUACUGGCCCUGGCGCUAACACUUUCACAACCCCACUUUCUACCGCAGUGCUAACCGUGCCUGCCUCAGGGACCGAGAUCUUAACGGUGGAUUGGAACAAAUAUCGACCAUUUAUUCUCGCGAGCGCAGGGGUUGACAAGUUGGCCAAAGUCUGGGACUGCCGAAUGGUCAAGCUACAGGAGACGGGGCAAGUUGGUGGGGCUUGUGAGACGCAAUUAAUGGGCCAUGAGUUCGCAGUCCGAAAGGUUCAAUGGAGUCCACAUCGGGCAGAAGUACUUGCAACGGCGAGUUACGACAUGACAUGUCGAGUAUGGAACACGCUUCCAGCGGCAGGCCGACCACAACUCCUUCACAUUCACGAUCCGCACACCGAGUUUGUGGUUGGUUGUAGCUGGUCACUUUACGAUGAAGGGAUGCUGGCGAGUUGUGGAUGGGAUAGCCGUUUGAACGUCUUCCGAGACUCAGUCCGUGUGUUUGUAAUCGCCAACAAUUAG